UGGAACAGAGCAUCCAGAGGGAAUCUGCUCGCUCCGCUUCCCGAGGACCUGAAGCCGAAGGCAUCUUCUGGGAGGAGGGUCGAGGGUUGAGGUGAGGGGAGGGGAGGGGAGGGGAGGUCCAGGGCACGCAGACAUUGAUUGACAUAGAAGAAGCGAAAGUGGUUGUGCUCAAAGUCAGUGUCCCAUUUUUUCUCGAGAAAGUGUCAAGGCGCGCACGCGCGGGCGAGAGGAGAGGUCGUGUGCAAGAUGGCUAUGGCCACCACUGCAGCUGCCCCCUCGUUGGGAUGCAGCCGGGACGUGUCGUUCGGAACCGCAAUGCGCGGACAGGCCGUUCCGCUGGAGCUGUCCAAGUGCCGAGUCGGCUCGCAGUUGAGGAUUGCGUGUCACUCGUCGACUGUCAGGGCCUGUGCAUCUGCUGGUACCACCACAUUGAAACAGACUCGGGCGACUCCAGGUGAGAAACAGAAUGUGGACCGGCAAACUUGCCGACUGGCUCUUCCUAGCAAGGGUCGGAUGGCUGAGGGGACCCUGAGUUUGCUCAAGGAUUGCUCUCUUCCCGUCCGUAAGCUCAAUCCACGACAGUACAUUGCGGACAUUCCAGGGUUGAAGGAUUUAGAGGUGUGGUUCCAACGUGAGUCGGAUGUUGUUCGUAAAUUGCGGUCUGGAGACGUGGACAUGGGUAUCGUCGGCUACGAUGUCGUUGCUGAGUUCGGUGAGGACGAUCCAGACCUUAUCCUGAUUCACGAUGCACUCCAAUUUGGCGAAUGCCAUCUAGGAGUUGCGGUCCCAACUUACGGUAUUUUUGAGUCUAUCAACACGUUAUCGCAAUUAGCAGCUAUGCCACAGUGGACAAGUGAAAGACCACUUCGCAUUGUGACAGGAUUCACAUAUCUGGGAAGCAAGUUUUUGAGGGAGAAGGGAUUGCAUCAUGUGGAACUUUCUACUGCAGAUGGAGCAUUGGAAGCAGGACCGGCGAUGGGCACAGCAGACGCCAUUCUUGACCUUGUAAGUAGCGGAACUACGCUGCGGGAAAACAAUUUGAAAGAGUUGGAAGGAGGAAAAGUGAUCUCGAGCCAGGGUGUUUUUGUAGCUAGCAAAAAAGCUUUGAUGAACAGACCAGGUGUAUUAGAAUCUGCUCAUGAACUUCUCGAGCGUUUCGAAGCUCAUCUCCGAGCGCGUGGUCAAUUUUCUGUGGUUGCUAACAUGCGAGGCAAUUCAGCGGAUGAGGUCGCCCACAAUUUGUUGAAGAUGACAAGUCUUCAUGGUCUUCAAGGACCUACGAUCAGUCCGGUGUAUUCUAAUUCAACUGGUGAAGCAAGGGUAGAGUACUAUGCUAUUGUAAUCUGCGUGGCAAAACCUGACAUUUUCAAGGCCGUUCGUGAACUCAGAAGCGCUGGAGGGAGCGGAGUGCUCGUAUCACCGUUGACUUACAUUUUUGAUGAGGAGCCAGUAAGAUGGCGCAAACUAUUAGAUACCCUAGGGCGAUGAUACCCUCUAAAGCGAAUACAGCAAGUUAGAGAAGCUAUUUUCGGCCUGUUUUGUGACUUUUAACUGCUCCUAAGGUACCAGCCAUUAUUUGACUCUAGGGGCAUGAGUAGUUGUCAAAGAUGGUCACCACUGUUCAUCUGGUGUCCAUCAAUCGCCCAGGUUCUUAGAUACUCCAUUUUUUGUUCUUGUAAAGCUAGUUCAACCUGAGAAUUGAAAUUAUUUAAACCUUUCCACCUCCGAAGAGGCUACAUACAGGUCACGGCUAGCAGAUGUGCAUGCUGGAGUUGGCAAGCAUAGUAAGUUACUCAUGGCUUAUAAUUUAGGACUAGAGUGCUACGUUGGGGGAGGAAGUUUUGUGUGAGGAAUUUAUAUUGCGUUUAAGCACUCCAUGUGCUGAAUCUAAUCAACAUGUCGUUAGCCAUGUCGUUUUGUAACAGGGCUGUGUAACGGGGUUGUCUGGCACACAACACCGUCUUAGGAAUGAGCAAACAGUAGUUUCCAUUUUGGAGCUGUAUGUGAUCCUUCGAAGUUAUUGUCGACUGUAGAAUUCUCUUUGGUGAGCCCAUCCUGCUUAACUACAGAGAUAUGUAUUGAUGGGG